UUGUACACUUUAAUCAGCGGAUGAGAUGCACGGAAGCAGCCAGCUGCCUUUGACCUUGGCUUUGGCCUUCGCGCUCCUUUGUGUGGGAUGCACCCAGGUCCACGCCCAGGACGGCCUCUUCCGGUGCAGUGUGCAGUACAGAUGCUCCGAUGAGAAAGAGUUGGCCUGGGCCAUGGCAGACGAACGUUGCUAUGUCUUUCACAACAAUUGCCUGCUGAAGGUGGAGCAGUGCGCCCGAAAAAGCAGUGGCAGAUCCGAGCUAGUUGAAACCAGCCGGGAGAUCUGCAAGCCCAGCUGCACCAAGGAUUGCCCGGUUAUCUACGAACCAGUCUGUGCGCAGAUCUUUCAGGAGGAGUACUUAACUUUUAGCAACGAGUGCGAGAUGCGAAACUAUAUUUGCACAAAUGAGAGGCCUUACUCCUUUUUGGCCGUCGGCGAAUGCGUGGAAGAUCCAGUUGGUUAAGCCUUUCAACUAAGGUUUACACAUAAUAAAACAACAAAUUGACCGGAAAGAAACACGUACUGUUCAGUGUUAAAAUGUAAUUUAACCCAAUUUCGCGCAGCGCCUUGACCAAAAACAGGAUCUACAAACCAAGUACAGCUAAAUAAAACGAAAAUAAAAGCAAAGCUGGCGCACAGAUGUGUUGCAA